AAGAAGAAGAAGAAGAGCAUUGUAAUUGUAAGUGGUAACUGUCAUCCCACCAAUGGCGGCCUUCCAUUCCUCAACCCAACCCCAACCCCAAUCCCAACGCCAUUUUGAAUUGUUUGCUUCGAAUCCAUCGUCUCAACUUCCCCUUCCUCUUUCCCAUUAAAAUUCAUUAAAAUUACUUGCUAUUAUCAACACAAUGACGCUGUCUUCGCUGUGAUCGAUGUCGAUCUGCGGAAUAGAUUAAUCCAUCUCAAGGUCAUCGCUAUAUAUCUUAAUCAAUCCCAGCUUGCCUACAUGGAGUCAGAAAAUGCAAGCUCAGAUUCCAAACCCGACAAUGUUGCUAAGGAGUUUUACAUCCCGAAUUAUAUAUUUACGUCAGACACAAAGGAAGAGGAAUUUGACAUGCCUGAAUGCCCUGUUCUAGUAUUCAUCAACUCUAGGAGUGGUGGUCAGCUAGGCAGCGAUCUUCUUGUCACAUACCGGUCCAUACUAAAUAAAUACCAGGUUAUUGAUUUAGGAGAAGAAACUCCGGACAGUGUCCUAUGCAGAGUUUAUCUCAACAUCGAAAAGCUCAAGAGUCAAGGAGAUGAUUUUGCCUCUGAACUCAAGAAGAAGUUGAAAAUUAUAGUUGCAGGUGGAGAUGGCACGGCUGGAUGGAUUUUGGGAGUGGUUUCUGAUCUAAAAUUGUCCCAGCCACCACCAGUAGCCACUGUGCCUUUAGGAACGGGAAAUAAUCUCCCAUUUGCAUUCGGUUGGGGGAAGAGAAAUCCAGGAACAGACCGUAACUCUGUACUCUCAUUCUUGGACAAAGUUCGGAAAGCAAAAGAAAUGAAGAUAGACAGUUGGCAUCUCCUGAUGAGAAUGAGAGUACCUAAAGAGGGCACAUGUGAGCCACUUGCUCCUUUGGAAUUGCCCCAUUCAUUGCAUGCCUUUCACCGCGUUUCACAAUCUGAUGAUCUCAAUGUGGAAGGUUACGACACAUUCCGCGGAGGAUUCUGGAACUAUUUCAGCAUGGGAAUGGACGCACAAGUAUCUUAUGCAUUCCACACUGAACGCAAGCUACACCCUGAAAAAUUCAAAAACCAGCUAGUUAAUCAGAGCACAUAUGCAAAGCUCGGAUGCAGACAAGGAUGGUUUUUCGCUUCUCUUGUUCACCCUUCUUCAAACAACAUAGCACAGCUUUGCAAGGUGAAGAUCAUGAAAAAGCAUGGUGAUUGGGAAGACCUUAACGUUCCGCCCAGCAUCAGGUCGAUUAUAUGCCUUAACUUGCCAAGCUUUUCUGGUGGACUCAAUCCUUGGGGAACUCCAAAUAACAAAAAGCGAUGUGAUAGAGACUUGACUCCGCCUUUCGUUGAUGAUGGAUUACUAGAGAUUGUAGGCUUCAAAGAUGCUUGGCAUGGACUAAUUUUACUUGCUCCUAAAGGACAUGGGACUCGUCUUGCACAGGCACACCGCAUUCGGUUUGAGUUCCAUAAAGGUGCAGCGGAAGAGACAUACAUGAGGAUUGAUGGCGAACCAUGGAAACAACCACUUCCAGUCAACGACGACACAGUGGUUGUUGAAAUUUCCCAUCUUCACCAAGUUAAGAUGCUUGCAACUCAUGAUUGUCUAUCCAAAAGCAUUCUAGACCCCACAUCCCCAAGGAUCCAUGAAGAAGAUGAAAAGGACAGCGAUGAAGAAGAUUCUGUCGAAUACAUGUCGGUUGGGGAGGAGUUCAGUAAAUUUGGUGCUGCAGAAUCAUUCAAGAUUCCAGAUGAUGUAGACAUUUCUCAGCUCAGUUAAUUCGAAUCAACUCAUUGAUUAUUGUUUAGUCAUUCUUUUGAGAGGGUCUACAGAGAUUUGAACUAAGCUUUGUCGAAUGAAUGACUGAAAUCAACUCAAAUACUGUAAGACCCUCUGGAAUAAUGUUUUUAUAUGCAUUUUAUGGGGAAUAAUUAUAUGGUUUUGCUAUUGUUCA